AUGUCAACGUGGGGAGAUUAUUUCCGGGUGACGACCUACGGCGAAUCCCAUUGCCGCUCGGUAGGUUGCAUCGUCGAUGGCUGCCCUCCAGGCAUGGCCCUCACUGAGGCCGAUAUCCAACCUCAAAUGACCCGACGCCGUCCAGGCCAGAGCGCUCUCACCACACCCCGCAAUGAAAAGGACAGAAUAGAGAUUCAGUCCGGCACUGAGUGCGGAUACACCCUCGGUACGCCAAUUGCGAUGGUUGUUCGCAAUGAGGAUCAGAGACCCAAGGAUUAUGGCGGUAGCACAAUGGAUCUCUACCCUCGUCCCAGCCAUGCGGAUUACACCUACCUCGAGAAAUAUGGAGUCAAGGCUAGCAGUGGUGGAGGUCGUAGCAGUGCUCGUGAGACAAUUGGACGAGUCGCCGCCGGAGCCAUUGCAGAAAAAUACCUAAAACUAGCCCACAACGUCGAGAUCGUCUCCUUCGUCUCCUCAGUCGGAAACGAGCAUCUCUUCCCCCCCUCACCUGAACACCCAUCCUACUCCACAAACCCCGAAUUCUUGAAAAUGAUUGAAACAAUCGACCGCGAAACAGUCGACAAGUUUGCGCCUGUCCGAUGCCCCAACGCAGAAGCAGCCGAGCGCAUGACCAAAGUCAUCGAGACUUUCCGCGACAACCACGACAGCAUCGGCGGAACGGUCAUGUGUGUUAUCAGGAACGUCCCCAUUGGCCUAGGAGAGCCAGCUUUCGAUAAACUAGAAGCCAAACUCGGUCACGCCAUGAUGAGCAUCCCCGCUACCAAAGGGUUCGAAAUUGGCUCUGGCUUCGGCGGCUGCGAAGUCCCCGGUUCAAUCCAUAACGACCCCUUCAUCCCUGCUCCUGAGGUCUCCGAAAACAAAGCCGGAGCCGGAAUCGCAAACAAGGCCCGACUAACCACAAGCUCAAACAACUCUGGCGGUAUCCAGGGUGGAAUCUCUAACGGAGCUACCAUCUACUUCCGCACUGCUUUCAAGCCUCCCGCAACAAUUGGACAGGCUCAGACCACGACUACCUACACGCUUGAGGAAGGUGUGCUAGAGGCUAAAGGUCGUCAUGACCCCUGCGUUGUUCCUAGAGCGGUUCCGAUUGUGGAGGCCAUGGCGGCCCUUGUUGUUAUGGAUGCGUUGUUGGCACAAAAGGCGCGUGAGGCGGCGAGAAGUUUGUUGCCGCCUUUGCCCAAAGGGUUGGCUAUAAAACCGGAGACGGAGCAUGGGAAUUAG